AUGGUGUAUUGCAAACUGGGAAAGAUAAGGAAGAAGGACCGGACGGAGGUUGAAAAGAACCGGAAAGGUAUUGGAAGAGAACACUUGAAGGAUGAGAUGGAAUACAAGAAACGUGUCAUGGAUAUGGAAAACAGUCGUUCUGGAGCUGGAGGAGGAGGGUCGUCGCAUACAGGCGGUAAAGCUCAAGCCUCAAACAAAUGCUAUGCGUCCGGAGACAUGUCAAGAAACCCUUCCACCCAGGAAGCAGAGGAACCAAAACCUAGAAAAAGAGGACUGCCGAAUUCCUCAUUGAGCAACCGGCCAACCGUGUCUCGCGUUGAAACAGUCAUGGAAACCAAAAACAAAAUUUCCGUUGCUCAGUCUCGUCGUAUAAAAGCAGCUGACGAUAUCAUUACACGUUUCCCUGGAAUAUACAACGACCCAAAUUUUGUUAUCGAAGCUACAGACAAGGAUACAUACGUGCUCGUUCUGGAGCUUUGCGUCCUGCCUUGGCUUCAUGAUCAUCUCCCAGAAUUACUUGGAAAACAAAUUGUCAUCAACCAUUCCCAGGGCCCAGAUGGCGACCAGAGAUUACUAUACAUUUCGACGCCUAAUCCGCUACCUCCAUAUUCAGAGGAAAAGGUUGAAAUAUUAGGAACUCUUCACAGACUCCUUCCUAAAAGCGCCAUCGAAAUCUCCGUCAAGUUUUGCGAAGGUGGGAUAGAAAGCUCCUCGGGGGGGAGGAAUGAUCGCUAUUGGGAAGUUCCGACUAUGGGAGAUUCUAUUAGCGCAUACGGAAGCCAGAGUACGGGUACUCUCGGGCCCUGCCUCAAGUUUGGCAACAAGAUGUUCUGGAUGUCUAAUGAGCAUGUCUUUGACGAAGCGGGUGAAAACGUAGGAGUGCAUCAUCCUCAAUGGGACCACGACUUUGUUUUUCCAAACGGCUCCAGUAAAAGCACCAUAAUUAUUGGUAAAUUGAAUAAGCGCUACGGUAUUGACCAUAGAAAAUCUUCACACCCGUUCUGGAACAGAUCAGAACCACUCCCCAGUGCAUUUGGUGAAGUAGCAGUGGCCAUGUUAAGAGCAAGCUCGCUAUUACAGGAAAGACGUACGCCUCAUUCACCUUGCUGGUAAACAGAGACCUUUGGAGUUAAGAGCUCCUUCUGGUAUUGAAAAGUGCAGUCAUAUCAAGAACAUUGAACGAAUUCGACCGGGCGAGCUGAUUCGAAUGACAGGACGCACCUCCGGCAUUUACGGACUGGGAAGAGUUGGCCUGCUACCAGAUUCGUGGUUUGAAGAUGGUGUCUGCUACAGAGAAUGGACAAUCGAGCAAGAUUCUGGUACACCCUGGGAUGAAGAAACGGGCAUUGGCGCCAGAGGUGAUUCCGGAGCGGGAAUUGUGCAUGCUCGCGAUAACAGUCUUUGUGCUUUGUUAUGGGGCCGUAUUCAUGGAGACGCGCCUUUGAAGGCCUAUGUUACGGAUAUUCUCGACCUUGAAACUGCGAUUCGUGCUGACGAUCCAUCACUUGGAGCCAUGGAUCUGAUGGACUGCGAUUGUUCAAACCUGCCAAGGAGUAAUCUCGAUCGUUGUUCUGCCUACCAAAGACCUGCGUUGCAUGCCGCAACAAACUCGCAAACGAAUACAGUGGUGUUGGGGAAGUCUCAGCAAAUUCAGCAAGCACCAAAGAUACCAUCCAUUGCUAUCAAGUCAACACAACCGGCGAAGUGCGUCCCCAUGGGUGAAUUACUACAACGAAGCACGAGGGAAAUUUCUGAUUCACAGUCUAUAAAUGAUCUACAGAACUCUUUUUCGAGUUUGGUGAGCUUGGAUGAGCAGCGCACAUCUGCUGAACCGGAAUAUGAGAGCAUAUUUUCCUCCUCAAGUUGUUCCUCGAAGUCAUCGAUAGCCUCGUUAUCUACCGUUGCAUUUCUUGCUUCGAUAUUGAAGCAAGACCCAGCUCUGGCGAAGCCUUGGUUUGGUAAAAGUCGCAUUUCUCAGAGAAAACUUCGCUUAAAAAUUGAUAAUUUGAUCAAGCGACUCGGCAGUGACCUCGCUUCUGAAACACAAUCCCAGUCAACACCAGAGGGAAUAUACGCACAGCUUCUUGGUUACCAUCACAAGGCAUUAUCUUUAUACGUAUGCCGUGAGAUACUCCAGUCAAACACCACUCUCAGAAAACUUUCUGGUUCGGACAAAGAGCUGGGGGAGUCUCGGGCUCGUCACUUAUCCGGAUGGCUGAUGCAAUCUGAAUUUCGCACGACAGGAGGCUUCUGUGACCAGGAAGAACGACGCAGCGAUUCUGAUGGCAUAUCAAAUCAAUCUGGGUGCCCAUCGGAUGGGAGUUAUUUUGAGGAAGAAAGCAAUGAUGAGUCUAGCGAGUUCCUAGCGGUGGCCAAUUUCAUGAAGGAUUCCACAGCGCUGAAAGUCUUCUCAGCACAGCUGCGCGAUUUAAUUGAAUCUGGUGCUGAGUGAUUCAACCUUAGGAAGAGUAUGUAGCUGUAGAUAUAGUAGUCUGGUACGACUGUAUCUGAAGCUUUCUGUGAAGUAUGCGCUUUAAUUCACGUUUCGUUCACCAACUCCUUUAACCUAAUGACGGCCUGAUAUGUAAACAUAUAUUGCUAUAAUGCUAUUCCUUUUAAGUCCUGAAGACUCAUAGAUCUUCCUCAUUUAUGCCUACCUAGAUCGUCAAAGGUGUUGCAGCUGGCGGUAGUAUUACUCCAGCGUGGAUCUGAUGGAAUGGAAAGCAACCGCCAGGGCCACCAUAUGAAAUCAACCAUGAAACAAGUUAUCUGCACUACAGCUAC